AUGUAUCAAGUUACAAAAGCAAUUAAAAAAGUUUCACCAGUUUGUAAAAAUGGUUUGAAAUCAACAUCAUUAUAUAUCAAUACCAAUACAAAUAGUAGAAUGUCAAUUAGAAGUUAUGCAAAUGCAAAUCCAUCAAAUAUUGCUUCAACUACCUUUGCAAAUACACCAAUGGGAGUUUUUGCAGAUCAAUUAUUUUUACAACCAAUUAACCCAGCAACAAUUAGACCAAUUACAGAUUUAAGAAUUGAUACAAAAUUUUCAUUGAAAAAAAAGUUUGAUAGAGCAUUUUUAAAGAAGGAUGAAUGGAAGAAUGUACCAUUAGAAGAGAAAAAGAAUAUGAUUGUAAAGUUUAGAGAUUUAUUGAUUGCCAAUACAGAUAAGAUGUCAAAAGAUUUAACCGAAGAAACUGGUAAACCAAUUUCCCAAGCCAAGAAUGAAGUUUUAGCAGUUAUUGAUCGUAUUGAAUUCUUUUUAGGUAAUGUAGACAAAGUUUUAGCAGAACAAAUCGUUAGAACCACAGACAAAUUCCAAGAGAAAUUAGUCAAAGAACCAUUGGGUAUUAUUGCAAACAUUUCCGCAUGGAAUUAUCCAAUUUUCAUUGGUCUCAAUGUUAUCAUUCCAGCAUUGUUAACUGGUAACUGUGUACUCUAUAAACCAUCAGAAUUCUCAUCAUUGACUGGUAUCAACAUUGCAGAAUUCCUUUAUGAAGCAGGUGUUCCAAGAGAAGUGUUCCAAGUUGUAUUGGGUAAAUCUGUGAUCUCUCAAUCCUUAUUGAAUCUUCCAAUCGAUGGUGUUUUCUUCACUGGUAGUCAUGCUACUGGUCAAAAGAUCUCUCAAACAUUGGCUGGUCGUAUGGUUAAAACUCAAUUGGAAUUGGGUGGUAAGGACGCCGUUUACGUUCACUCUUCCGCCGAUCUCAAGACUGCCAUCGCUUCAAUCGCUGAUGGUGCCAUGUAUAACAGUGGUCAAAGUUGUUGCUCUGUCGAGAGAAUCUAUGUAGAUAAAUCAAUUUACAACACUUUUAUCGAUGAUUUGGUUGAAGUUGUCAAACGUUUCAAAUUCAGUUUUGAUCCAAUGAAUCCAAAGACUUACUUUGGUCCAUUAACUAGAGGUAUGGCUCAAGUUGAACAUUUACAAAGAUUGAUUGGUUCCGCUUUGAAACGUGGUGCUAUCCUCGAGUUGGGUGGUAAUGUCCUUGAUAAUGCCCCAGGUUAUUUCUUUGCUCCAACCGUUAUUUCAAAUGUUCACCAUGGUAUGGAUAUUCAAAGAGAGGAAUUAUUUGGUCCUGUCGUUACAAUUCAACCAGUUAGUGGUCCUGCUGAGGCUGCUCUCUUAAUGAAUGAUACCCCAUUCGGUCUCACUGGUUCAGUUUACAGUCAAGAUCCACAUGUUGCAAAUUAUAUCGCCGAAAAAUCAAAUACUGGUACUGUCUAUUGGAAUUCUUGUGAUAGAGUUUCCCCAUAUCUCCCAUGGAGUGGUCGUGGUUACUCUGGUAUUGGUACUACACUCGGUAUGGAAGGUAUCGAAUGUUUCACUAAACCAAAAGCUCUUCACUUAUUCGGUCCAACCCUUGGUUACUUUGGUGAAGCUAAAAACAGUGAUAUCGUACCAACUAAACCAGCCCAUUUGGUUGAAAUCCUUGCAAAUAAACAAAAAGAGAAAAUUGAAUAUCAAGACAGUAUCGAAUCACCACUCGCUCCAAUUUACAACUUUGAUACCAUGGAUCUUGGUUAUCCAAUUGAAAAUGAUGCACUCUUUGCUCCAGAUAAUGAAAAUGACAGUGAAGAAUUUGUUAGAUCUGCUCUCGAAUCUGGUACUAUUAGAAAAAUUACUAACAAAAAAGAUUAUGUUCCAGUCAAAUCUGUAAAAGUUGAAUGA